AUGGUGAAAUAUCCGAAGACGAUAAGGCCUAUCCUCAGCCGUGAUCACCUUUGGGUGUAUCAGGAGAUUAUUACUGAAGCGCUGGUGGUCCUGUGGUUCGCGCUGCAGAUUGCAUUUAAACUUGGGACGCGAUUUUUCCCGGAAUGGCGUAACACGCGGGUGGAUCCCGAUGCCCAGACCGAUUUUGACGACCUUCUGGCAAAACUGGGAUAUCCAAUGAGCGGCUGUAUGUGGGAUGACCUCGUAUUCACAUGGAUGCCGUUAGGCCUCGACACCGUCGGUGAUAGCGCAGUCGUGCCGUUUCCGGUGGAUGGAGAACACCGCCGUCGCCUUGGAUACGUCGCCGUCAUUGCUAUCGUCUGCACGACAGCCAUCCUUACGGCUUCCGUUGGAUGUUCGUUAAUAGUCAACCGGAACUGGAAAUAUCCGAAAUGGACUCAGCACAUUUUCCGCUGUCAGCGAAUUUCGACCCUCUUCACUGGUUCGCUAUUUGAGCUGCCGACCUGGUUCUCCAGCAUCUGUCUUGGGGUGGCUCUCGGUGUUGGCCUUUUGGUCUUUCCUCUGGCGUGGCUGCUGCUGUGGGCACUACCCGUGGUGCUAGUGAGCGGCGCCGCUGCUUGGUUGGUCAUUUACACCAUCGGUCCAGCGACCGUGUUCCCGUGCUCUGUGCUGUGCGUGUGCGUUCUCUGCAUUUAUUGCACCGGCCGAAUUUGGGGCUUCUGGAUGAACGAAACGUAUUUCGGCUGGAUAAACAAGAAAUUAAGGCGAAUGUGCGGUAUGACGUUGGUGGUGGACGCUUCAAUUGUCCAGCCAGUUCCGCUGGCAGCGGCAGAAAUAAAAGGUCAGCCGAUGGAGAAAGUGAAGAGAGCACUGUUUCAACGAGUAUGUCUCUUCCCGGUAAAAUGGGCCACCCUGUCUUUAUUGCUAAUGGCGUCGAGCAAGGCUGUAGACCCUCUGGAAUCUGCCAUGCCUUCCACGGAUGGCUGGGGUCAUGGAUGGGAGCGGUGGAGACAACAUUUUCGAAAUCAUAUAAAUCAUAGCAUCGCCGAAACGUAUUGCACCAUCUAUGAAACGGGUAUGGCACACUCCCACGCAAUGCUUUCAUAUUGGAUGGAUUUGGGUUAUCCGCGCUGGAACACCAGCCAUCCGGGGCUGCUGUCGUUGUUCACCACCAGUCAUUCACCAUUAACCGAUGCGUUACUUCAAAAGUGGAUCUGGGUACUGCCUCUCAUGAUUAUGGUGGCACCGAUACCCAGCAGCAUCAUCGCGAUGGUAAACCUCUGCACUCUGCAGCUGUCCGGCGAAGAUCGAGACCAGAGCAGCGUAUCCAUAAUCGAUGAAACCCCAAGUGAUCCAAACGAAAAGCCGCAAGAGGCGUCGGGAAUAGGCACCGAUUGCAUUCGUAUGACCGAUAUGGAUGCGGCCUGUUCAGCGUCCGCAACCACUGUCCUCGUGGAGGAUUCACCGAGCAACCCAGGGAAACACGAUGGCUGCUCGUGUUCCGGGUUCGCCGGCAUCAUCGCCGGCCUUGCGAUUGCCAUCCGGCGAGGCUUGAGCUGGUACUUUCUGCCUCUUCCGCUGGUGCAACUAGUGGUCCCGGAAGCCCUGCAGGUGUGGGCAUUACUCCUACUGUUGACCGUCUUUGGGGCCUGGAUGAGCUGGAAGCUUCUGCAAGAGGCUCUUAAGUUGUGGAAGGAAAUGCGUGCGCCGACCCCAUCUAUCGGCAGCCAGUGGUGGAUGUCGACAAUCAUUUCCUAGGAGCAACCUGAACAGCUCAACAAUUUGUUACUGUACUUACCGCUUGGAUGACCACAGUGACAUGGGGAGAGCCGCAACCUGUCAGGUGUUAACGAAUGAUUAGCUGCUGUUAAAUCUUUGUGAUUGAUGCCUAAACUCAC